AUGAAGUGUGUGUUGAUUGCGUUUGCCGCUGCCCUGGCAUUGAUUGAGGCUGCAAAAGACGACCCCGCGUACUUUUGCGACUCGGACUCGUACUGUGCUAAGAAGUUUCCGGGUACAGUUUGUAUCUCGGUUAAUAACUACGGCGAUGUCGUGUCCAAGUGCACACCCAACACUGCAAAGCGUCCAGCCUGCCGUGGCGCCCAGCCCGGUCUAUGUCCAUCAUUUCAGAGUGCCGACAUUGGCUACCUGAAUGCACACUGUGUGUUCGUAUCGAAGGAGAAUCUCGAUUUACCCUCGAGUGGCUCGGACUUGGGUCGUCGUCGCCUUAUGAGCUUAGCUACAGACCCCUCUUCAGGGUCGACCAGCAACAAAAAGACGGUGGAUGAAACCGCGUCAUCAAGUGCAAAGGAUCCCGUCUCGUCGACCGCCACCGACGACGAGGAUGAGGACAAGAAGGGCACCUCGACUACUAGCAAAGCUAGUGCUAUGUUCUCCGCUACGGUUGGCGGAGAGGCAGUGAGCGGCCAAUUUAUCUGCUUGGACGUUUCUGACUGCCCCAACAAGGCUGCCGAUCCCAGUACGUGCGAACCGAAGGAGUGUCAGGCACCUAACUCAAAGGAGGUAUGCACUUACCACGGCACUUGCACAUACAAGAACAAGGAGAAGAUCACGAAACGUUCCUGCGCGUGCUACGCUGGAUUUGAGGGUGAAAAGUGCGAGAAGGAGGUUUCGAACGCGUGUGAUGUUGACUGUGGCACGGGCGGUGACUGCGUGAAUGGUGAAUGCGUAUGCAAGGCAGGGUUCAACGGUAAAGAUUACAAGGGCAAGAAGGGCAAGCCGAACCAGCGCUGCACUCUCUGCACGAAUGACCUUGCGUGCCAAAAUGGAAACACUUGCAACACUGAGACUGGCAAGUGCAUCUGUGGCCCUGGAUUUACCGGAGACACGUGCGGUGCGACUGAGGAUUCAUGUACAACCCGUACGGACUGUGGUAUUGGCGCUUGCCAGGUCUUGGCCAACGGAUCGUCAGCCUGCUUUUGUCCCACGUGCAGUCCGUCGUGCUCGCUUUGCGACGUGGGCAUCGAUGCCACCUUUGAUUGUUCGACAUGUGCGACCGAUGACGCUACGUUUAUGCAGUCUUCCAAGCUGCUUGUGUUCAUCUCGACGCUUGUCGUGAUCAUGCUUGCCAAUUUGGCUUUGUAA